AUUUUUCAUAUCUUGUGGGAUGAAAGUCUUGUGGAGUUAAAAACAGGGUUUCCUUCGACAGGCAAGUUCAGGUAAAAAAUUGUCGUUAAAUACGUCUUGGUCUUUAUCGAUAAAUGAUGACUUGGGUCAUGUUCGACUCAGAUGGUCGACGGGGCCCUUUCUUUGCCGCCACCCAAGAGCAAAAAACCUCACCGCCCCAUAUUUGCUUUCAUCAGUUUCCUGAAAACAGGAGAGAAGGGGGAACAUUAAAGGAACCAAGGCCAAAACCAAGAUCGUAACCAAAAUCAGAAAUCUAGAAAGCGAUGCUCUCCCGAAAUUUUCGUUGGAAGUACGUACCAUUUAUAUGUUUGGAAAGAACGAAAAGAAAAUAAGGGCGGAAAGCUGAUCACUGUAAGAAAAGAAUGGUACAAGGAUGCGAGAAGGAAAAGCAAAACAUCAUAUUCCUCCUUCAUCCACAAGUACCCACCCUUAAUUAACUGUAAUUAGCUACCGAAUCAUUGAUUAGCAGCAGUUUAACUCAAUUUCAGUGAUCUCCACACCAUGACGAAGAGGAAGAACCUGAUCUUCCAAUGGAUCCUCCAAACCUCAAACUGCUUAGCUAGCAGAGGCAGAGGAUUUUCCCUCAAGAGCUGUUCUUUCUUUGUUUUCGUCUACUUUCUGUUCAUAGGUGCAGUGCUGGGGCUCGUCCUUUCGAUCAUCAUAUUCGUCCUGAAGCCCAGGGAGCCUCUCUUCUCCCUCAAAACAGUCAGAUUGGAUGCUUAUGAUCUCGAACCUUCUUCGUCUCCUUCGAGCCCAAUCCUCGUCGUUUCCUGCAUUGUUUCUUUGACCCUGAAUGCCCAAAACCCAAACAGGGCUGGCAUCAGGUAUCUCUCUUCGAGGCUUCGUCUUCUUCACGGAGGACUCCCCAUUGGAGAAAUCAAAGUCCCCAGGUUUUGUCAGCCUGCGAAUAGCAGAAACGCAACCGUUACUGCGAGGGUUUUCCUUCGAGAUGUGAAUGUCAGCCAACUCAUUAAUGGAGCCUCUGCAAGUGACGACGAUAGGAGGACCAGAUUCAGAAGUACGGUUCAGAUGAAAAUUUUGGGGGAUAUUAGAGCUCACGUGCAGCUGCUGCAUGUCACCUUCCCCAAGUUCAGGGUUGCUUUGGACUGCGACAUAGGGAUUGAUUACAGAGGCUUUGGAUUCACAAAUCAACUUUACGCCAUGAAAGCGUUUAAAGAUGAGACUGUACGUAGCGAUGCCGUUAACUGCUUCCCUUUCUUGCCUUUCGCUGCUGCUUUCUUUCAAUGCAUUUCAGGGAAAUUUGAAAUUUUUCAGGCCCCUUUGUCACCCAACACAGAAGCAUUCUCCAAGAACUGUACGCUGGCUUUAUACCUGUAAACACAAUUUCUCAUCCAUGACCAAAAUAAAGUAUUAUUAAUAUAAGAUUGGAAAUAUUUUAAGAUUUAUUAGACUGUUUGUUAAAUUUUUUGAAAUGUACUGAAAAUUACAUUUUUUCUUUUCAUAUCUUUGUUAAAAUACUUAUGAUAAGUAUCGAGAUAAGGAUUUUAAAACUAUUUGCAACAAA